GUUCUAAUAAUGAGUGGUUAAUGUAGUAGUUGGUAAAUAUCUAAAUGGACUUAUUUGGACCUUAUUUCAAUAGAGGCUUGUUAAACUGUAUUCUAAGAGUAAUAAAUGGUCUGUAAUGUUUUUUGUUUGUUUGUGUUUUGCUAUAAAAACGUUUUGUAUAUUUGUACAGUUGUGUUCUCAUAAAUUCAGGAAUGGUCUGGAGUUGUUAAAGCGUUCCAGAAGUUAAAGCACAGGUGCUAUUUCUGGCACUAGCAGCCCCCAGCUGUCCGCUCAGAUGACAAAGCUACGCGAGCUUCAGGGCAAGUCACUGAACCAGCGCGAGACUCGUUUAAAAAUGACGGAAACCGACAGGUAAGAUGGUUUUGGCCGAGAUAUUCUCAGAUUCUUUCAUGAACAUUCAAUUUGAAGAGGUGUCUUAACGUGUCACCUAACGACUAUAUCACUCCACGUGUUGCCAGGCGCGCGGCUACUGAGUCGCCUCAUGCUCGUUAACUGUGACGGCUCGUUAUUUAAACGGCAUUUUAAGACGUUAACAUGCCAACACAGCAUGUUUCAGAUUUCUCCCCCCUGCAGUUUCAUUGGCUCUUCUGUCUGGGUUGUCAUAAGCUUUAGACAAGUUCUCUACAACAUUUUACCCUCAUUAUGAGUUUCCUCCUGCAGGCCCCCCACACACUUCUCUCUAACAAAUGGCACAGUCUAAGAAUAGAAAGGAACAAGCUAAAUGUGUCUUUUGGUUUGGGGUAGCCAAGUUGUAUAGAUUUUAUUUUUAACUAACAGGUUUUCUACAACUGAGUUUCUCAGUUAUAAACUUAUUGGCAGUAACUGGUCAUUUUUGUGUCUUUCUAGGAUUUUAAAGUUGUUUUAUUUGUCUCAGCAGAGCUGCCGUGGAGGCUAAGGGCAAACCCAUGGCCUUCCGGUCUCAAAAAGAGAUGUUUGAGAAGAUGGAGGACUCUUUCAAGUUCUGUUCAUGUUGUCAGAAAUGGCCCAAACAGCUUUCAAACCCACAGAGCUUGAAGCGCUGUGCCAGGUAACAAAAACCCAGACCCAAAGCUGACUUUCAAAGGUGUCCUUUCCUUGUGUAAGUCAUUAUUGCUAUCUCAGGUUCCUCAUUUUUGCCUCCUCUUUGCACAGAUGUCUGCAUGUCUAUUACUGCUGUAAAGAGUGUCAGAAAGAGGACUGGUCCAAACACAAGAAGUUCUGUUCACAGCUGCGCCUAGCUGCCAUUGACAGAGUGGUGGAGUGGCUUUUGUUAAAAGGUAAAUGAAUAUUUAAGACAGUGGUUGUGAUGGAAAUGUCACUCAUUCACAACAUUUUACUCACUGUGAACAGAGUUAACAGAUUAUGCAGAGGACUAUUUCGUGACCCCCAUUUCACAUAGCACUGGAUAGUUCUCCCUGUACAGUUGAUUAUAACUUUUUUUUUUUCUUUAAGUACAAUGCAUUACGGUAUUUAGGGCUGAUUCCCUUCUCACCUAAUUUGCAACUGUUUUAGACCCAGCUUAAAGAGAUAUUCCUGCAUAAAAUUAAUUUUUGGUCAAACACACCACAACACUGAGUUAGACACCCCCUCAAGAGAUGAAUGUUGCCGACUGCUUACUUCUAUAGUUAUAAUAACUUUACUAACGACCUCAGGAUAGCAAUACACAGUGGUCUGAGGAGCCAUCAAUGAACCUCAACCAAAACACCACUCUAUAGCCACAAAUAAUACUCAGAACAGCACCUAACUUCAUCAACAGUAAAUAUAGGGUCCUAGCCAUAGUACUAGCCACCAAACAUCUUUUUAACUUUGCCUAAUUUCUUUGGCAAAGAGACUAAACACAACUUACCCUCUCUCUUCAAGCAGCCGCUAGUUUGUACGGGGACCUCCGGGCGAGUCCAUCGACUGCUGCGGGUUGAUGCAGCUCAAGGAAGAACAUUUAUGAUCAUUUCCUUGAAGUAAUAUUCACCAUAUUAAACAUUUUGUACUAGACACGGUAGUUCUUCUGUCUUAGCGUCUCAGUUUGAUUGCAUUUCCAUAAAGAAAUGAUGUUUGACCCUAAAUUAAUUUUCCCUUUAAUGAGUCAUUGAUCAUAUUGUUCUUUGUCUUUGGAGUCAUCAAUAAAGCAAAGUACAGAAAAACUACCAAAAGUUAUUAACUUUAUCUUCCUCGACCUUAGGUUUGAAUUCAUGUUAUCUUUUACUGUCUCUGAUCAGGAGACCUUCCAUUUGCCACAGCAAAAUGGUCAAAGCCUCAGUCAGAAGUCAAAGGCUGGGAUGACUGGCUUGAGAUGCAGGGAGAUCUCACCCUUCACCUCAGUCCUGUAUUGAACGGUGCAAAAAUGAAGGACUUGUGGACAAAUGCUGGCAGACCUAAGCCGGAUGACGACGACUUGAAGCAGUCUCUAUGGAGAGUCUGCAGUGAGUUUUUCUCCAGACCGCUCACUAUCGCCUGGGGGAUGAGGAUUUUUGGCCUGCACCCUUUCUCCAAACCUCUCACCAUCCACCUGGUGGGAGCUGGUCAGAGUGAGACUCUAGCAGCCAGACUCACAGACUAUGACGAGCUGAACAAAAUGUUUCCUGCACAUCAAGGUAUUGAGAUUGUCAUGGUGGGACCAGAGAUAGUGGCUGGCCCUAUUGUGAGGCCUCCUCUGAGGGCAUUUGGACCCAGGCAGAGGGUCUUUAUCAGCGCCUACAAGGGUCUCUAUCAUGAAUUCUGGGAGGAGCUGGUUGAGAAAGAGGAGGCAGCCAAACCGGACCUUGUAAUCGGAUUUAAUCCUGGUGAGAAAUUUGUGUUUUACACUCUGGGGUCUGAUUUUUUGUGCUGUGUGCUUCAUAUUAUUCUCAUACUGUUUUUAUGCAAAGGAUUUGAUGCCAGUCAGGGAUUGGACCAGGGUUGGCUUCCUACACUUCUGCUGCUCAGGGAUUAUGAGAUCCCUGCCAUGUUUACUACUGUGAGGUGAGUGUUACAAAAUAUAGUUACAAAACAUGGUCAUAUUCUUUAAAACAAAAAAGACAUUUUUGUUAUGACUGACCUGUGGAUCUCAUCAUAAAUGGCAUGUAUUCUUCUUACAAAGUAUCAUCGUUAACAGUAAAAAACAAAACAAAAAUGCAUGACAUUUAAAAAAGCUCCAGCAUUUUCUUUUUCAGAAGUUACGUCUCAGUUGCAAAUAUAUUUUUAAUAUUAUAUAACCUUAGAAAAUAAAGUUUAAAAUUUCAUACCAUUAUCAUUAAUAGAAGUUACAAUAUAGUGAUGUUUAUUAUUCACAGGGGAAUAAAGUAACAGUUGCAAAGUACUUAAGUGCUGCAAACGUGGGAUUCCUUGUUUAGUCCCUAAGUUGAAAGAAGUCUUUUUUUUCUUUUUGGGGUGGGGGGUAUAAGACCCCAUUGACUCGUGAUACAGUUAAGAUUAUCAUGAUACAAACAUAUAAACAUUUUCAAUUUGUGUGAAUCAUAUCCCUCCCAUGAUAUCUUUGAAGCAGCUAGUAUUGCCUUUUUCUCACAGCAGGUAAAUUUGAAACUCAUAAAAAUGUUGCUUUGAAGUUCUAUAUAAAAACAACUGAUGCAAGAGAAUUGUGGUUGUUACCAGUUAAACUGCUUUUUUUUUUGAAUGGUGGGGAAAGGAAGCUUUCCUCUAUUAUCUCAUUGUAAAACUAAAAUCAGGAUACAAAACAAAUGAUUUAUCACAUCUGACUGGAAUUUCAAACUUUGCUUCUGCACAUUAAUGUAUGUAAACAACAAGCAAGUCAAUUUGUGAGUGAAAACUCUUGAAACUGGCACAUGGAAAUUAAUUUAAAUUAAAGCUGCUUUAAGGAAUUUUUGGUUUGUGUUGGUGUUGGCACACCUUGCUGACAAAGUGAUACCUGUUACCUGUUGUCCAGUACACAUAAAAGUAGUGUUUUUAGCAACAACAACAAAAAAAUAAAAAACUUUUAACAAUGCAAAUUAUCACUCACUGUGAGUAUUUGCUGUGUAAAAAGUCAAAAAGACUCUUUUCUCAGCCUGCUGUCAAUCAUCUGGUCAGACACCUACCUCCUCACAUGGUCUUGAAGCACUAAAAUUUGGGAAAGUGAAAUGGUUUGACUUGUUGUUGAUCAUCCUGUUUGCUUUUAGAGGCCAUAAUGAGGCAUCAGUGUCAGUUUCAACCGGUUAAAACUCCUCACAGUAUCUUUAAGUUAAAAAAAAAAACAUAGCUAACAGUUCAAGUCUUAGUAAUGCAAAAGUUGACUUUAAGUCAACCACUUGCUCUUAAUCUGAUAUUGAAGACAUAAUAAGUGUAAUGGGCCCGAUGCCUCUUCUCUCCCCUGCAGUGAGACAGAGAUGACGUACUCCCUGCAGAUCCUCCUGGAGUUGGAGAUGGACUUGAAGGGAAGUGGAGCCAAUCCUUUUGCAUCGCUGAAACCAGAAGUGGAGGGCCCAUGUCCCAACAAGCCCCCUCUCUUCAGUAACUCGCACUACUUCUGUUUCCAGGGUCUAAAGGAGACUGUGGAGUUUGAGGAACCGGAAGAUGCCUGAGGGAGCUGAGUGCUAAAGAAACUGAUUUUAUGGACUAUAAAGUUUUAUUGAUGUGCCAGUAUUCUUCUUAUCCCAACAAAUUAAAACAAAAAUAGUGUAUGCAUACUGUAUGUGUUGUUAAGCGUUACCAUUACUGUCCUUUGGUAGCAGCAGUGAGAGUUGGCCCUGACAUUUGCGUUCACUAUCUCAGCUUCAUGGUGUCUAACUGACAGAGUAACAUUUGAAUAUACCGUCUCUGAACGGUUGUCAUGUUUUAGCAGAGGCUGUAAAACUUUGUAGUAGUAGUCAAAUGUCCUCCAAUGAUAAGUCUACAAUAAGAUAAAACUAUUGAAUAUGACAGGUAUGUACAUAGUCUACCUGAUUAAAUAUAACAUAUUGUUGCUUUAUGACUUUAUUUCAAAUCUAUUUACAGUUAAGGUCAUUUUAAUUUGACCGCAAACACAAAAUAUCAAAUGCAUAUUUCUUCUUUACUUUCACAUGAACUGUAUAAUAAACUUUGG